GGCAGUUCGGCAGGACCGAGGUGAUCGAUAACACCCGCAAUCCCGAUUUCGUCAGGAAGUUUGUGCUGGAUUCUUCUUUGAGGAGAAGCAGAACCUGAGGUUGAUGUAUACAACGUGGAACUCCAGAAGCUGCAACAUAUCCAAAUACAAGGACUUUCUGGGUCAGACCUUCUGCACACUUGGAGAAAUCAUCGGCUCCACCGGAGGACGGGUGGAGAGGACCCUCUCCGGGAUCCCGGGGAAGAAGUGUGGAGUCAUUAUCUUAACUGCAGAGGAGCUCAGCAACUGCAGGGAUAUUGCCACCAUGCAGCUGUGCGCCAACAAGCUGGAUAAGAAAGACUUCUUCGGCAAGUCCGACCCUUUCCUGGUCUUUUACCGCAGCAACGAGGACGGAACGUUCACCAUCUGCCACAAGACGGAGGUGAUCAAGAACACGCUGAACCCGGUGUGGCAGCCCUUCACCAUCCCCGUCAGAGCCCUGUGCAACGGGGACUACGACAGGACCGUGAAGGUAGACGUGUACGACUGGGAUCGAGAUGGAAGCCAUGACUUCAUCGGCGAGUUCACCACCAGCUACAGAGAGCUGUCUCGGGGGCAGAACCAGUUCAACGUGUACGAGGUUCUAAAUCCCAAGAAGAAAGGCAAAAAGAAGAAAUACAUCAAUUCUGGGACUGUAACUCUGCUGUCCUUCAAAGUGGAGUCUGAGUACACCUUCGUGGAUUUUAUCCGAGGCGGAACACAACUGAACUUCACUGUGGCCAUAGACUUCACCGCAUCCAAUGGUAACCCCUCCCAGCCCACCUCUCUGCACUAUAUGAGUCCCUAUCAGAUGAAUGCGUACGCCAUGGCCCUGAAGGCAGUGGGAGAGAUUAUCCAGGACUACGACAGCGACAAGCUCUUUCCUGCCUAUGGCUUCGGAGCUAAGCUGCCCCCUGACGGCAAAAUCUCCCACGCAUUCCCACUGAGCGGUGACGCCGAUAAUCCCAACUGCGUGGGCAUCGAGGGGGUGCUGGAGGCCUACUUCCAGAGCCUGAGGACGGUGCAGCUCUACGGGCCCACCAACUUCGCCCCCGUCAUCAACAAAGUGGCAAACUGUGCAGCAGAGAUUACAGAUGGCUCUCAGUACUUUGUCCUGUUGAUGAUCACAGAUGGAGUGAUAUCUGACAUGGUCCAGACCAAAGAGGCUGUGGUCAAUGCGGCGUCGCUGCCUCUGUCCAUCAUCAUCGUGGGCGUCGGGCCGGCAGAGUUUGACGCGAUGGAGGAGCUGGAUGGAGACGAGGUGAGGGUUUCCUCCAGAGGACGCCUCGCCGAGAGAGACAUCGUUCAGUUCGUUCCGUUCAGAGACUACAUCGACAGAUCUGGAAACCAGGUCCUCAGCAUGGCUCGUUUGGCCAAGGACGUCCUCGCCGAGAUCCCCGACCAGCUGCUGUCGUUCAUGAAGAGCCGGGGAAUCGAACCGCGACCCGCCCUCUCCACCUCCCCGCUACCGGAGCUGCACCGGCACAUCUGACCUCCCCCACAAAUCCC